AUGGCGAUGGUGAUUCAAGAUGAGGAUUACACGGCUCUUUUACCGUUUGGACUUACGUCGGGUAUCAUCGGCAGCUUCAUUCCUGAAUGUCGUGUCUCUCUUCCUAAUGUUGAAGACAACUCACCUGCUGCCUACAUCAAUGCCCACAACGCUGCUCGUGCCCAAGUUGGUGUUGAUCCUAUCAAAUGGGAUGAGAAGCUGGCAAAUUAUUCACAACAAUAUGUCAAUGAACGCAUCAACGACUGCAAAUUGGUGCACUCGGGUGGGGCUUAUGGGGAGAAUCUUGCAUGGGGAAUGCCCGACUUGACAGCCACCAACGCAGUCAAGCUAUGGGUGGAUGAAAAGCAAUUCUAUGACUAUGCCACCAAUUCAUGUGAUUCUGGCAAGGUGUGCGGCCAUUAUACACAAGUGGUAUGGCGAAACUCGAUAAGAAUUGGAUGUGCAAGAGUAGAGUGCAACAAUGCCCGCGGUGUACUCAUUACGUGUAACUAUGACCCGUAUGGCAAUGUUGUUGGUCAAAGACCAUAUUGA